AUGCUGUUCGGGAAGGCGAUACAGUCCUCGCACGCCUCAUGGACCGAUUCGCUUCCCACGUGCUCACCACGUACCCUCUGCUUAUCCUGCUCCUCACACUUGGACUCACCGCCACAGACAUCACUGAUGUACCUAAAUUCGGUGAGCUGAUAAACAAUGUGACCGCCUCAGUGGGCCGAGAAGCUACUUUGGCCUGCGUUGUAGACGACCUAUCUACAUACAAGGUGGCAUGGCUACGCGUAGACACGCAAACCAUUCUGACGAUCGCCAGUCACGUGAUCACGAAGAACCACCGGAUCGGAGUGACGCACAGUGACCACAGAACAUGGUACCUGCACGUCAGGGAGGUACGGGAGACGGAUCGGGGUUGGUACAUGUGCCAGAUUAACACUGACCCCAUGAAGAGUCAGGUCGGCUACCUCGAGGUGGUGGUGCCACCGGAUAUCCUGGACUAUCCUACCAGCACGGACAUGGUGGUGAGGGAAGGGACGAACGUGACACUACGUUGCGCAGCGACAGGGUCACCUCAACCCACAGUGACCUGGCGUCGAGAGGGAGGCGAGUGUAUCCCCUUGGGUAGUGGCCAAGAAGUGCCUAGUGUGGAGGGCCCAGUAUUCAACAUUACAAGGGUGAAUCGACUGCAUAUGGGCGCGUAUCUCUGCAUCGCGACAAAUGGUGUUCCGCCUACCGUGAGCAAGAGGAUUAUGCUCAUCGUACACUUUCCUCCAAUGAUCUGGAUCCAGAAUCAGCUGGUGGGAGCACAAGAAGGCCAGCAGAUGACACUUGAAUGCCAUUCAGAGGCAUACCCAAAAUCAAUCAACUACUGGACUAGGGGCCAAGGCGAAAUCAUCGCACAAGGUAGUAAAUAUGAACCCGUGUUGCUGGACAACGCGUACAAGGUGCACAUGAAGCUGACAAUUCGUGCAGUUGCCCCUUCAGACUUCGGAUCUUACAAGUGCGUCUCCAAGAAUUCUCUCGGUGACACGGAUGGUAGCAUCAAGCUCUACCGCAUUCCUUCUCCUUCAACAUCCUCAUCUGUAACAAUAACAACACAGCCAAGUGUGUCAGUAGAUCAAGAUAAAUCUCCAAACGAUCACCAUAAGGAUCGCAAUGAUCCUGGAUCAUACCACCAAGAGUCAAACGAGAUCAUGGACAUGGCGGAUUCAGAGAAAGUUACCGGAGAUAGAGGAGGUGCUGCUGAUCUGAAACUUCGAGGUGGACUUCGGGAUACAGAAAAGUCAUCUUCUUCAGCUCUUAAAACUUCAGUCGACUUCCAAAUGUUUAUUAUAUUCACAGUCGCCAUUUUGCCGUCAAAUAUUCGGACACUUUUCGCAGUAUGAAUGCGUAAGAACUCCUUAAGUGAAUGAACCGAUGGAUGAAUGGAUAUGAAGCUUGCUUUGUGGUUGUGUUAAGGUACACAUCUUCACAUGUUACGUGUACAAGGGAUUAAUGAGUUACAAAUAUUCUGAAAUAAAUUUCUCUCGUCUUGUUUCCAGAAGAAUACUUCCGUUUGUUUUCUCAGAAAGUCGUUUAAUUUAAUUUAAGUUCUGUGAUUACUUUGUACAUUGACGUUUUAUUUGUAAAAUGACUGUGGUCUGAGGAAGGGAAAUUUUAGCACUGAUAAAAAUAGAAGUCAAAUACAAAGAAUGUAAAGAAUAUAAUUAACGAACUUGUUUGGUGUCUCGCGAUAUAGAAGCUAUGUAAUUGAAUUUCUUAUUACUGGAAACACUUUCAAACGCUAAAGUUGUGUAGAGUUAUAUUUUAGUAAAUUACUACAGUUUGAAAAUAAAUUAUGCAUUUUUUUAUCUUCAAUUUAGUAGAUAAGUGAUGUAAAGUCGAAUGGAAUAUUUCAAAUUAACUGUGAAUAAUUACAUUUUGACAUAAGGAAGGAAGUGACUGUAAAGUUUUUAGAUACUGUUGUGGCCUAGUUUCAUAAACACAGAUGACAGAUAUUCUAACCCAGAAUGCGCAACAUAUGACAAAUUAGUAGUAACAAUUUCAGUGAUCCAUUGUUUUGGUUUAGGUUUCUCUCAAGUUAUGUUAAGACGUGUGAAACACAGCCUACUCUGUAACUGUCAAACGAAGCCAGAUGUUGAAACAAUUUCAUAAUAUGUUACGAAACUAAUUAAUUCCAUGAAGAGUAGCCUUUCUUGAGAAGACGAUGGUCGCUCACUUAGUAAAAUUUUCCCUGCAAUUCAUGGAAUUCAAAGGUUCAUUGUCCUGUGCACAAAAUUCCGACAAUGGAUCUUCCAUCGAUGAAAUGAAUCCAGUUCACACUUACAUAUCAUGUUCCAAAAAUUAGUUUUGAUAUUAUCCUUCCACAUACGAGUAUGCCUUGGUUCUCUGAGUGCAAUUUUCCUUUCGGAUUAUUUAACCGAAACUUUGUACGCAC